AUGGGGCAUUCUGCGGGAAGGCUCGUGACCGUGGCUGGGGAGCUAAACGCGCACCUGGCCCGGGAGUCAGGGAAGCUGCAGCAGAGGAGCCUUGGGCCGGCUGCAGUCCCUGCCACCCGGGUGCCAGCAGACCCUCCUUCCCAGCUGCCUGCUCCUCAGAACCCGACGAUUCACCUGUACAACGCCAAGCAGGCUCUGAGCUGGGAGCCGGUGUCCCUGAGCAACGAGACAGGGCCAGUGGUGUACCGGGUGCAAUUCAAAUUCUUUCAUUCUAGCCCCGAAAGCAAGUGGUCUGACAUCGAUGGGAGUCCCACCAAGCCCGUCGAGGUGAACUGUUCGAAGAUCACCAAGACAGAGUGUAACUUCACCCCGACCAGCCGCUCCAAGGGCUUCCUGCCCUAUUUCAACAUCUCUCUACGUGUGCGAGCCGAGCUGCAGGACCGCACCUCCCCCUGGGCCCUGGUGCCUUGGUUCCAGCACUAUCGGAACGUGACCAUCGGGCCUCCAGAAAACAUCUGGGUGACGCCAGAGGAAGGCUCCUUGAUCAUCCAGUUGUCCGCUCCCUUUGACGUCCUGUCCUCCGAGGCCACGUUUUUGUAUUAUGUCUAUUACUGGGAAAAGGCAGGGGAGCAACAGGUCAGAGGUCCCUUCAGGAGCAACUUCAUUGUGUUGAAGGAUCUGAAGCCCCUGAAAGUGUACUGUUUACAAGUCCAGGCACAGCUGUCCUGGACGUUAUUACCGGUCCUUAGAUCCGGGCAUUUAAGCAACAUUUCUUGUCACGAAACAACAGCAGAUGCCUCCACCAAGCCCCAGCAAGCGGUCCUGAUCGCCGUGGGGACCUUCCUGUCGCUGGUGGGGCUGGCAGGGGCCUGUUUCUUCCUGAUCCUGAAGUACAGAGUCCUGAUCAAGCACUGGUUCCACUCCCCGCCGGGCAUCCCGGUGCAGAUAGAGGAGUAUUUAAAGGACCCGGCUCAGCCCAUCCUGGAGGCCCUGGACAGUGACAGCUCGCCUAAGGAGGAUGUCUGGGACUCUGUGUCUGUCAUCUCGUUGCCACAGAAGGAGUAGAAGAUGCUCUCCAAAGCACUUUGAACUAAAGCACUGGUCUGCCCCAGCCUGUGGGAGCAGGACUCUGAGCCGCCGGCACUGCUGUUCCCACCAGGACUUCCCGAGCCCGGGGCCGUCCCUGCCUGGAGACACAGCAGGCCUCCUGGGGAAGAAAUAUUUGUUUGUUGUUUUUUUUACGAGUUUUCUAGAAGGAUUCUACAAAGACAUCCCCCCAAAAUGAAGGUUUCUCUUAAACACUAAAAAGGAAUGAAAUUAUGUUAGCCAAAUGGCUCUGGCGCCCCGCUGGUGUGCUGUUCAUCGUUGGUUGGACCUGGCUGACGGGACCGGCCCCUCUCCUUGACACUCACAAGUGAGCUGAGGCUCCCUGGGUAGAUUUCGUCACUUGUCCUAUCAGGGACACUGAGUGGCCCUUCACAUCCCGUCUCUCAGCUUAAAAUGUGAUUCAUCCUGUAAAUAUUUUCAUAGUAAUUUAACUGUUUUUCCAAACUAGAAAUAAAAGACUAAAACAACUUUUUAAAAAGUC